GGCUAUAGUCCAAUAAUUUAGUGAUUGUACUGCGAGCGUAUAAAGUCCACCAUUGUAGCUCUGCGCCACUGUUCUUGUCCACACAGCCGAUGGUUAAAGAAAUUGUUAUGCUUAAAGCUCAGUAACAGGAUUUUCAAAGAUGAACGAGCAUUUCAGUUUCCAUAACCUAUACGAACAGUUAACAGAGGGAGCCUUGGCCGAGCUCGACUUUCUUCAAUUGGUAGACAACUACCCUGCGCUGUAUGGUGGCCCAAUCCUUGAGAAUGCCAUUCGUCGAUAUGAGUUAUUCUGGUUGCCACUUGUUGCGAGGUAUACUGAAGAUGGAAAAGACCURGGAAAAGAUCCUCAUAUUUCCCUUAGAGCGGCACCCAUCGAUGUUGCAUGGGUGUGGCACGUUCACAUGCUUGCACCACUCGCUUAUCAACAAGACUGCAUAUCACGCUUUARGAGAAUACUGCAUCACGAUUAUCGAUCCAAAAACCUAACAAUUGGAAAGCAACUCUGGGAGGAAACCAAUCCAGGCGAGCCGUUUCACAUAGACCUUGUCAAUCCACCUCAUACAUUCCCAGCGUACAAUUCAACUUUGCAAUACGAUCUUCGCUCAGCUGCAAUGCGCCAGAGUAAAUUUUACUACAAUGUCUCCCUGCCUCAUUACAAGGACAGAGAGUUUCUUAAAACAGCAGUUGAUCGAUACAAACACCAUCUGUACUUAAAGAAGACCAAUCCUCAUCUGUUUGCUGUGCCYUGUUAYGACUUCGAUCUCAUCUGGCACGCGCAUCAGCUUUACCCACUGACGUAUUUUAGUGAUACGAAGAAAAUGCUAGGUUUUGUAUUAAACCAUGACGACUCUGACACUGGUCGUGUACCAGGAUCUAAAUUGUAUGAAUCGGAAAUGAUGACAAGAGAUGCAUGGUCGAAAAGUGGCAUGUCAUUGUCAAAAAGAGGAGCCAUGUACAGAGGGGAGCCUUUGCCGAGAAUUCCUCCAAAGGCACCAGGCAGAUUUAAAUGUCUGGCGUCACAGACCUUCACUGUUAAUUUGACAAGCAUUCAAAUGAACUUAAACCCUAAGAAAAAGUUUGAAGUUGUCAUCAAAUCAGACCUCAUGACUCAUGACGUCAAGAGGAUUGUAAAGGGAGGAGAUGGUUCUUUUGGUAGUCAGAACUCCCCUCUAGCAAUCUUCUCCUGUAACUCUGCUGAAGAAUCAAAUAUCGAAAUAAUCUUGUACCACAAACGUCUGUUUGGUAAAAAGAAGCUUCAAUACGAUGUGUUUAGUCUUAAGGCCUUCUUGAUCAACCUGGAACAGUYGUCUAAGGAGCUUCCAGCGAAAAACACAUCUAACACAGCUUUUACGGAAGGGAGUGUGACCUUGAAUUUCUCAGUCGUAAUCGCUCCAACUCCAAAUAAUUUCCAACUCACUGCAAUUGCGGAGCCAAUGUUUACAAAGGUAGAUCAUGUAGCACAGGUGCUGAAUCAACCACGAUUAAUGUUAAUGCCCAAGCAAAUCGAAAUGCCUACACUUCCAGGUGAAAUGACAACCAAUGAGAUCAGAGAUCAUAGAGGUCAGCUGGUUUUCAAUUGUAAGAUUGUUCACUCCAAUGAAGCCAUGCUGUCAGCUGUUGAAGUCCUUGACGUGUAUAACAACCUAGAGGCUACUGCACAUGUUAUGRGCAUCGGUGCUUUGCCAGAAGCCAGCGAUCUAUCCAAUGAUGGCAAGGACUGUAUCACAGUAGCUGCUCGGGAAGGUGCUCGUGCAAUGUUGAUACGAAGCAGAGAUGACGAUUAUGGUGUUUGCAUUGGCAAGUGGGUGAAAAAAGAAGUCCAAGGAAGAGGAGGAAGAAACCUGUCUUUCAUGGGAGUGAAAUUCUACAGACUUGGCUCAAACAAGCAAGGCUGGUGUAAGGUUAAAAAACUAAAGGAGUCCAAGUUUCUUGUCACUUUAGAUUCUGGUGACAKCUCUUCUCAAGUAAAGGUUGACCUUAGCAAGGGCUUGAUAACAAUCCCAUACGCCAAUGCCGACGAGUUACCGCAAUGUCUCGCGAUUGGCUUUGCAAUUUCUAUCCUUCAUCUCCUGUGCCGACCGUACUCUCCCAAAGAAACCCAACUUGCUGCUCCUGUUAGCCGAAAAACAAAAGUACCCACAUCUUCCGUAGCUCGCACGGCUCCAACCACUGUAGUUAAGCGACGAAGUCUGUCUAACAGCAGUAUYAUCCUCUAUUCGACKCCCUGCUUAAUUCUGGCAGCUGGGUAUAUGUGUAUGACCGUGCCAACAAACGUGUACAUGGUAUCAUGCAUGGGCGAUGUUGGAUGGGGUUUUUGCCCUGAUAUUGAUGUCAGUGAUGGAUUUGAGGAUAUGGAUUGYGACGGAGCAUGGGGUGAUGAUAUCGGGUUUGAUGACCAAGGUAACAUUGGAUCGGUUGAUUCUGACUAUGAAGUUGGGGACAACGAUUGGGGCGAUGGCGGCGAUGAUGCUGGUGGUUUUGGUGAUGGUGGUGCAUGUGGUGGUGAUGGAGGGGGCUGUGGUGGUGAUGGCGGGGAUGGUGGCGAUGGUGGUGGGUGUGGUGGAGGCGGUGAUGGAGGUGGUGGGUGUGGCGGUGGGUGUGGUGGCGGAUGUGGUGGKUGCGGAGGAUGUGGUGGCUAAAUCGCCUUGUACGACAUCAGUCAUAUAAUGCAUGGUUCGUAAAAAUUUAAAAUAUUAUACACAUAGGCAAUAUGUAAUAACAUGUAAUAAGGUAUUUUAUAAUUUACUUAUAAUUUAUUUKAAAUUGGAAAUCAUAUCUAUCACAACAUCUAUAGCUACACUAACAAGAAUACAUUUGCAAAUACUUUUUUUGCACAUAAGACCUUCCACACAGCCACAACCGAUAUCGUAACAUAAUUCUGAAGAAGAUUGACACAAUAUUAUUGUAUAAAGCCUUUUUUUAUUUUCUUAAUUACUGAAUGACUUAGCAUUUCUAAAGCGUAGAUUCGAAUACUUUUUAUAUUAUAUAUUUAAUGUCUUGUUUUUUUAAAUGCAACAGUUAAUGAUCUCUUUGUAUGAUAUCGCACUUAGUGAAUGUAGCGUCCAAUAAAAGGCGUCACCGAAAUAUAUAAUCAAUAGAGUGUAGGUAAUAUAUACAAUAUGAGCGGGCGAUCUGUGUGUAAUAUGAUUUCUAUUGUGUUUUGCCUUAUGAAUAUUACAGUCAAACUACCUGAAGCAUGAACACCUAGUGAUCAUUAAUGAGUUCAAUAUUGCAUUAUUGAUUUGAUUCUUGAAUUCAAAUAUUCAUUAUUCAAAUGAAGUUUUAAAUAUUGAAAAAUAUUCAAGCAUGCAAAAACGAAUAGAACAAAUGAAAAUAAUAUGUGCAUGGGUGAUAACUGCACAUUUUCAAAAUUUUGAAAAGUUGACUAAUAAACUCAAUGAUGAAUAUUUGAAUCCAAGAAUCAAAUCAAUAACGGAAUAAUGAAUUCAUUUUAAAAGAUCUGUACGUGUUCACGCUUUAGGUAGUUUGACUGRAAUGAGUUUUAUAAUUCAUAUAUAUGUGAAAAAUAAAUCUAAAUAAUCAGUCUA